CUCAUUUUGCACUAUACCAUCAGAUGUGUUACAUGAUCCAGCUCCUUUUUCUAUAUAAAUAUUUAAAAUAAACUGUUACAGAUGGCAAGCUUAGAAAAGGAUCAUUCAUACUCUGAAAAUCCACAGCAGCCAGGGGCCACACCUGAAGAGUAUGCAGUUCCAGAUGUUGGCAUUUCACGCCGUUUGAGAGACCGAGAACUUCUCAGAAAAAGGAAAGCAGAAGCAGAUGAAAAAGACACUCAACAGUGGGUUCUGGGGGAGCAAAAGAAGCACAAGCGAGCGCGGAAAGGAAGAGCAACUGGAAGGGGCCGAGGCCGGCGUCAGGCUCUACAACCAGAGCCACAACCAGAAUCGCAGCCAGAGGAAGCAGAGAGCCAUGAAACACAGGUGACCGCAGUGGAAGAAAAGGUUGAAGUACCUCAUGGACUCCAUGAAGAAUGUUCUGCCCCUGUGGUGGAAACUGAAGGGCUGUAUUCCCAACAGGAAGUAACUCCAUCUGUUUUCAGAUGUGCCCACCAACCAGCACUAGAGGAGACACCAAGACCAGAAGGAUCAGAGGACCCUCAGUCUUUGGAAAAUGAUCAUUUGGAGCAAGGUUUAUUUGGCUUUUAAUUUAAAAGUUGGGUGCAGAUAAUAAUUGUUCCUAUUCAAUAUGAAAAUGCUGUUAGGCUAUAUGAUACCUGUCAUUCUUGUGUGAGCAAUAAAAAUCCGGUAGCCUUUGUUGUCA